AAUCUAGGUAUCCAGACUUUGGAGCUUGUUAGAUGAGAUGCGAGAUUGUCUAAUAUAAGGAAGGAAAUAUCACCUCGAUAGCCUGAAGAAGAGAACAACCCGGCCGGUACAUGGAAUUACUGGUAGUAUGUAGGCAUGUCUUCUCGACUUGGAGAGCAUAAAGAUGUGCUUAUCUCCCUGGGCUACUAUUACCUACCCUAUAUCCUAGAAUUACUCAAUACACAAUUCUUCUACCCAUACCUUUGCCUGACAAUUGGUAGCAACACCUCGUUGCGAUACCUCCAUUCAAGGCCGGACCACCCAUACCGAUUAUCGAUACCAAUCCCAAAGCCCAAUACCAGACCUGAUAUGUCGCUAUCGCUAUCUAUUACUGCUGUCCCCAUUCACUAUUACUGUCGCUGUCACUAUGUAAUAUCGCUGUCGCUGUUACUGUCACCGUUGCCCAAUUGAUAUCUGCCUCC